CAGUCAACGGUUGUUCUUCGUCGCGUUCGGACAGAUCUGGUCGGCACGGUUGCGCCACUAAUUCCUGCACUGACCAGUGGGCGAUCUAAACUUAGCCUCUAGUGUAGUGAUAGAAGUUUUGUGAUUCGCGCGUCAACGCAGUGUGUGUCAACUGUGAUAUUAUAGUUCCUGUUAAAGCUUUUUAUGCAUUAGAACUAAGAGAGUUAAUCGUCACUUCGUACGAAUGUGGGAAGCUUCGGAAUUCUGACACGCGUUGUGGUGAAAGAACAACGAAAAUGAUCAGUAAGCGUCUGUGAUAUAAUAGUGUGUAACACAAAAAAAAACAAACAGGGGCGAUAAUUGCAACUGCCUCCCAGUUGUAAUCGCCCUCGAGAUAAGUGCGGUGCAACUAAUCCGGGAUUCACGUUCCGACGGCGGCGAUGUACAGCGAUAAGACACACCCGGCUCACUGUGGAGGUGGUAAUGAUAAUGACAAAUAUUUCCCUCGCUCGAUUCUCCCGAGACUCCAUCAACAACAACAACAGCACCAACAGCAAUUGUUAUCCGGGCAGGCCAUGAUGGUUUCGCAGCAUUCCCCCGUUAUACCAGUGCACCCAGUUCGCUUAUUAACAGCCAGCACACUCCUGCCUCGCCAGGAUUACCUUCCUUCGGCACCAAAACAAUGGUGACAGACGUCGGUAUUUGUUUCAGCAUGAGCAACGUGAAUUUAAAUAGCGAAUAUCCGCCUUAUCUGGGCCAUCCUUCGUUAUCUGUACUCGGUAAGGGAUAUAACUACGACCCCAGCUGGCCGGUCAGUUCGCCCAGCAGCGCUGCAACACUAGCCAAAUAUCGCUCAACGACUCCAGCGUUCAGUAGGCAACGUAACCGCACUCCGCCCAGCAGCAGCAACAGCAGUGGUCCUUCCUCGCGUUCACCACAAUCAACUUCCCCCUAUUCCGUCCCGUAUAAUGGGUACUACUUCGCACAUCCCAAGAUCCCAAUCAAAAUCUACAACAACCACAACCACUUGUACCAACCGACCCCGGCACCAAACAAUUCAACCACUUCUGCCUCGAUAGCGACUGCCUACGGUCAUCAGUUGAACAAUUAUCUUACCUAUCCGUCGCCGGCGCCGGUUACCGAUUCGAACAAGUUUCUAUUCGACGACGGCACCAAACAGCAUCAAAAUGCGAGAAAAACGUUUCUCAACAGCCAGUGCUACGAUAUCUGUAUGACCAAGUGUAGUGAUCGAAUGGAGACCAUGAUGGAGGCUCCGGCGGUUGUUAGUUCGCUCACCGGUACUGACCGGUUUAGGGAGGGAAGUGCAGAACGGGUACGGGACGAAAUGAUGCUGGGGGUGGAUAAUGAUGGUGCGCCGAAGGAUUUAAGUUUGAAGCGACGAACCGCUGCCGGUGAGUGUCCACCGGCGGAGGAAGCGUUGGCGAUCAACGGUGAUGAACCGGACGAGGAAGGCAGCCAGCAGACGGAAGCGCCCAAAAAGAAAUGGAUUCGGCACUAUCUUAAGGACGAUCCCCUCGUAAACGGACAUUCCACAGCACCACCGCUCGUUGUGAUAUCGACCAAUGGUAGUAGCAGUAGCAGUAGUACCAGCAACAGCAGCACCAUCACCAGCCAUCAGAAACACCAUCCCGCCUCUUCCCUCACGAUUGAUCUCUCGACCAAGAGCAGCAGCAGCAGCAGCACCGGUACCAGUGGUCAUCACCUGUCCAGCACACCACCGUCAUCCGGCUGUUCGUCGUCAUCAUCCACACUUACCAUCUCACCGGUGGACGAUUCGCAGUCGUCGCUGAAUCUAAGCAACGGCUCCAGUGGCUACAUCACCAGCAGCAGUGCCAACACUUCCAGCUCGCUAAAUCUCAGCGGCAGCAAUAGUGGUUCCUCACCGUUGCCAAUCACCCUCAACGGUGGCGUCAUAACGUCAUCCCAUGGAUCCAACUCACCUUCGCUGCCGCAUGAUCUCGUUAUCGUUCAGCAACAGCAACAACUUAGUCACCUGGUUCAGACCGGUCAACUUGGGCUGACCAGCACGAACACACUGCUGGGACAAAUCCCGACCGGUGGUCGGAGGCGAACUACCAGCUCCAACAGCAAUGGCGUUGGAACCAGGGAAGUGCACAACAAGCUGGAGAAGAACAGACGAGCCCACCUGAAGGAGUGCUUCGAGCAGCUGAAAAAGCAGCUCACGCUUCAACCGGACGAGAAGAAAACCUCCAACCUGUCGAUACUGCAUGCGGCCAUACGGCACAUUCAGCUGCUCAAACGGCGAGAACGCGAAUACGAGCACGACAUGGAACGGCUGGCCAAGGAGAAAAUUGCAGCUCAGAACCGGAUACUGCUGCUCAAGCGGGAACUGUCCCAGUGGGGCGAUGUGGAUUUUUCACGGCUUGCCGCUGACACCGAGGUCAUCCCCGGCAGCAGUAGUGUGCAAUCGGAUCGAGAUCUAUUGAAUGAUCCCCCGGGCAUUGCCCCAGGUCGUAAUGGGAUUCGAUACAGCUCGUCUAGUUCUCUGUCCAGUGUUGCCACGACGGCAUCGUUGAGCAAUCUACCGCUUCAAACGACAAUCUCACCAGUAGUGAUGUCUGGCUCGUCGCCGCUUCGUGCAAGCCCACCGAUGUCAUCACUGUCGGCGACGAAUCGAAGCUCGAACUCACCGGCAGCUAUGCCACUGUCGCUCACCACCAAGGGUUCCCCGAAUGUGUCCGUCGCCGAUACGCACAACGGAAUCUCAUCGCCGUUGAAGCUAUCGACAGGCACCCUACCGAAUGGGUUUAACCUGAGCACCACCAGCAGCAGCAGUAGUUGUAGGACGAACAUUACUAAUGUCAGUACCAUCGGAAAUGGUUUCAGUGGAACUACCACUUCCACAGCGCUGCCACUGAUCGUCGGUGGUAACAACCUGACCGCGUUGAGCCAAUCUCAGCUUUUUACACCCGUUACGGCUACCAUUCUGACGACAGGCGGAGGAACCUCCAUCCAAUCCCUGCCACUAAAUCUGAACGUGACUUCCAGCGUGACGAAUGGUUCCACCCACAGCCAUCACGUUCCUGUCAGUGCUGUGAACGGUGUAUCCAGUUCUUCCUCGGGUCUGCAAAUCAUCGGAACGACCGCCAACGGUACAACCAUUCCCGCCGGGCUGGUCAGCUCAACGACCGGAAAAGAACUGAUCAAUGGUACCCUGCUGCCCAAGAAUGGUUUUCGCACCGAGGGCAAUAAGAUUGAAAUUAUCGCUACCUCUUCCAACGGGAGUUCUACGCUGGAUCCGCCCGCUACCAAGGUGAUCAAACUGGUCAAUGGCAACACCAUUGUUGGGCUGACCUCGGUUGAUAAGGUCGUCCAACAAGGUGGAAUCGUGGUAAGCCCAAUCCAGCUGCUUACCUCAGCCCAGGGUCUUCGGGUUAUUCAACAGUCACAGAACGGUCUAGCCACCAUAGAACUCAGCACCCCUGCCAAUGUGCAGUCCCAGUCAAAUCAAGCCCAACGAACCAUCGGUGGUAAUGGAAGUUUUAACGGCACCAACAGCAGUACCAACUCGUUGCAUUUAUCCAGUCAUCCAUCGAACCAAUCUAGCCAAACAACAACCCACCAACAGAUCCAGCAAAUGACAGGAGCUCAGCUCCACAAGCUUCUACUCAGUUCAACCAACGCCCAUGGGCUAAACGGUUUCACCAGCAGCAGCAACAACACCAACAACGGCACCAACAUCGUGUCCAGUACUGCAUUUUCCAACGGACCUGUGAGUACAACCACGAUUACACCCGAACUAGCUCGGCUACCCGGUGGAGCCGAGCUCAAUAUUCUGCCGGUCGGUACGAAUAGUGCCACGGCACUACCCCUGUACCGAACCACUGGUCAACCGGGCAAGCUGGCAUUUGUGAAUGCCAUCUCCGCCAGCAACGGCGGUGGACUGACGCUGAAAGGUACCGAAUGCACCACAUCAAAUACCGGUCGAACGGCUGUCCACGUGGUUACACCCAUUCAGACUAGCUCCGGACAGCUGUCCGGGCUAACACCAGUGGUGGUUUCCCGAUAUGACCACAGCACCACUCUGCCUGCGCUGUUCACAACAGCCUCGGGACCUCAGACGUCCACCCAGCUGGGAAAGGUGGUGAAAACAGUUGGACAGUCACCGAGCGGUCUACCGCUGAUCGCAGCCACCCCGAAUGCGCAGUAUCUGAACACAGUUCUCAAACCCACGGUAACCACCGCCACCACCAUGAUGGUAACUGUCGGUUCCAGCAACACUAUCAACAGCAACAGCACUAGCAGUUAUCUGCCAUCGGCAGAAACUGGUAACAGCGAAAAAAGAACCAACCUCGUUCUAUUGAACAGCAAUAACCAGGGUCAAUCGCUACUACCCCCGGCGUCGAUUAUGAUGACGACGACUCCCACCGCUGAGGUCACUGCAAUCGCCAACUAGUGUGAUACUCCACGCAGUCAGCCUGCCUCCCCAUCCAAGCGGGCCUCGCCCGCCAGGUUUCGAGCUAAAAACAGUGAGAUAAGGCCAGAACGAGAGAGUGAGAGAGAAACAAUGAGACAGCACGCUCCCGGACGGAGAGUAAACUGAAAAUCAAUUAAUAUAUAUCGUGUGGACCCAAUUUUCUAGGUUUCAUCAGAAAAGAGGGCCGACCAACACCAAUUCGGUGGUGUUAACUAGUACUAUACUAUUUCAUUACCCAAAAUGAAAGUACCACGUAGAAACAAAAAAAACUGUAUUUAAUUUAUAAUUUCUAAAAAUUAACUGUAGCUCAAUUUUAUUUUUUUUAUUCAAGUUUUUUAACAACAAACGAUACAAAUCAAAAAAGGAACCACACAACAAUUAAAAAAAUGUCUGUAAAUGUGUAGACCACAAAUUAAGUACAGAAAUAAAGCAAAAGUUUGUAAAACUAAAAUAAUCUAAAACUUAUCGAGAUAAGACACACAUACACAUUGAACUAUAAGCAAAACAACAGAAACUAAGUAGAAACGAAACCCAACAAUAUUUUACUGUAAAUAGUAGAGCCAACAAGCUGUAACUGUACGCAAAAGUGAGAAAGUGUCGAAAGUGUAUUUUUUCCUGCUCUAGCAGUAAACCAUUCGCUUGGAAGUAACUAUACGCGAAAUCAACAAAAAAGCACACACACACAUACAAACAUUAAGAAAAAAAAUAAUGCUGAAUUUAAGCGAUGGAUUUAAUCCUUCACAAUGUAGCAAGAAGGACUCCCCUGCCGGGGGGAACAUGAUGUACAGUAUUUAAUAAAAAAAAAACAAUAUUCAUAAGCAACAGCACGUGAACUGUGGUCCAGAGCCGCCAGCAUAGGCAUGCAAGAAACAGAAACAGAAGAAGAACAAGAAAAAUCUACUCAAGAGCAUACCGCAAACUCAUUUGUGCAUGGUACAAACUAAUCAUCAAAGUGUGUGCGAGAAGAGAUCAAAACUCUGAACAUGAAAAUGCUUUCGAAGGGGAAAGAAGAAGAAAAAACAGACAACCGUACGGCACUCAACCGAACCGGUGAGUGCGGGUAAAACAAAACUAAACAAAAAAAACAAGUGAGAAAGUGACUAGAAAUAACUUAUAAAUGGAAAUGAUAUCGAAAAAAAAGAACAAAAUAAAAAUGUACCUAUUUGAAAAA